AUGUACAGGAAUGUAGAGAUCCAAAUUGGUCAAAUUGCUAGUUCUUUGAAUAAUCGAAAUCAAGGAGAAUUACCUAGCAAAACGGAGGUAAAUCCUAAGGAGCAUGUCAAAGCCAUUACUCUUCGUAGUGGUAAGCAAUUAGAAGAUCCUCCAGUGGUGGAAGUUGAGAAAGAUGAGAAUGAAAAACAAGAAGAAAAGCAGAGGAACCAAGAGGCGAUAAUGGAAGAAAAUGGCCCGGAGAAACCAAGAGAAAAUCAACCAUCAUCUUCCGCUACCAUUCCAAUACCUCCUGCGAUUCCGUCAUAUGCAAAAUUUCUAAAGGAAAUCAUGACUAGAAAAAGAAAGUUGAAAGACUGCGAAACAAUAGCAUUAACUGAGGAGUGUAGUGUAAUUAUACAAAAUAAGCUACCACCAAAAUUGAAAGAUCCAGGAAGUUUCUCUAUACCAUGCACCAUAGGUAACAUUGAUUUUUUUAAGGCAUUGUGUUAUCUUGGUGCUAGUGUAUCGUUGAUUCCUCUAACAGUGGCUAGACAAUUGGGUUUGAAGGAGUUUAAAUGCACUAAUAUUACUUUGCAACUAGCGGACAGGUCUAUUAGAUAUCCAUUGGGAGUGUUGGAGAAUGUAUUGAUAAAAGUUCAAAAAUUUAUCAUUCCAGUGGAUUUUGUGGUGUUAGAUAUGGAAGAAGAUGUAUCUAUGUCAAUUAUUCUUGGUAGACCAUUUUUAGCUACUGCAGGUACUAUUAUUGAUGUUAAAAAUGGCAAGCUGAAGUUUCAACUAGGUGAAGAAGAGGUAGAGUUUAAUCUGCAUGAAAUGGAAAAAUACCCUUCUUUUACCGAUCAUGCAUAUUCUAUUGGCACAAUUGAUAAACUAACUCAAGAGAUGAGCCAAGUCAAUUUUGAUUUUGAUCAUCUUGAAUAUUGUUUAAUGAGUUUAGGAAAGCAAGAAGGUGAUUGUAGAGAGAUUGAAGAAUUGGCCAAGUAUUUGGAUUUUCAAGCACCUUAUAAAAGGGGUAAUUUGUAUGAAAGUCUUGGCCAAGGAAAAAGGUUUUCACCACCUUCAGAAAUUGAACCUCCAAAACUAGAGCUCAAACCAUUUCCAACUCAUCUAAGGUAUGAAUUUCUUGGAGAAAAUUAUACUUUACCUGUAAUUGUUAGUGCUGACCUUGAUGAUGAGCAGUGUACAAAGUUGCUAAGAGUUCUAAGGAAGCAUAAGAAGGCAAUGGGAUGGACAAUUGCAGACAUUAAAGGAUAUAAUCAAAUAACUAUAGCUCCAGAGGAUCAAGAGAAGACCACAUUUACAUGUCCUUAUGGCACUUUUGCCUUUAAAAGGAUGCCAUUUGGUUUAUGCAAUGCACCUGCGACUUUUCAACAUUGCAUGAUGGCUAUAUUUUCAGAUUAUAUUGAGAAAAUUAUGGAGAUAUUUAUGGAUAAUUUUUCUAUGUAUGGUUCAUCUUUUGACCAUUGUCUUCAUAAUUUGGAAUUGAUUUUGCAGAGAUACGAGGAAACAAAUCUAGUACUGAAUUGCGAGAAAUGCUAUUUUAUGAUAAAAGAAGGAAUUGUCUUAGGACACAAGAUUUCCUCCAUGAAAAUUGAGGUGGAUAAAGCCAAAAUAGAAGUUAUCAAAAAAUUGCCACCUCCAAACAAUGUCAAGGGGAUAAGGAGUUUUUUAGGACAUGCUGGCUUUUAUAGACGUUUUAUUAAAGAUUUUUCUAAAAUAGUAAAGCCAUUAUGUGAUUUAUCAUGUAAAGAUACCCCUUUUCAAUUUGAUGACAAUUGUUUGGUUGCAUUUGAAAGGUUGAAGAAGGAAUUGAUUUCGGCCCCAAUUAUAACUUCUUCCGAUUGGUCAUUACCAUUUGAAUUGAUGUAUGAUGCAAGUGAUUAUGCGGUUGGAGCAGUUUUGGGACAAAACAAAGAAGGACGAUUGCACGUCAUUUACUAUGCUAGCGAGUUGCUAAAUGAGACACAACUCAAUUAUGCAACGACAGAAAAAGAGCUAUUGUUGGAAUUUGAUGUGGUGAUAAAAGACAAAAAGGGAUCGGAGAAUCUAGUUGCAGAUCAUCUAUCACGUUUGGAAUAUAUACCGGUCAAAGAUCAAGUUCCAAUUCAAGAGAAUUUUUCAGAUGAGUUUGUCCUAGCACUUAGCAAGUCUCCAUGGUAUGCAGAUUUUGCUAACUAUGUAGUCAGUGGAGAGAUUCCAAAGGGAUGUAUUCCCGAAGAUGAGGUACAUAAUGUUUUAUAUCAUUGUCAUAACCUUGAAACAUGUGGUCAUUUCAGUACUUCCAAGACUGUGGCAAAGAUUAAGGAUAUUUUGGCAAUGCAUAUGAAAAUGUGGAUUUACACGCAGUGGAUUGGAGAUAUGCUCAACUGUACUAUGGCUCGCACAAGGAGGGCUCGUAUUCAUACUCCUACACCAUCUUCAGACGAGGAGCGCACUCCCUCACAUGAAGAGUCGCCUGAGGAAGAAUCUCCUUCGCCUGAGCCACCACCUCGGUCUCGCCGGAAGACCGCAUCCACUAGCCGCGACGAGCCGCUUCCAGAUUAUGACACCACUAGAUUCACAUCACUCGAGAAUCAACAGUGGUACAAAGCAGUUCUGUUUGAAAAGUUCAAAGUACCCUUGGGUGAGGAGAGAGCCAUUACUAUCAAGGCAGUUGAUGAGGUCAAUGUUUCAAUAUUACGGUCCUUGGGUAUCCCUACAGAUUUUGGAGUUUCUCUGAUUCGAGACACGGGAGAGGCUUCGACUUCUGCUCAGCCUCUACCUCACACUCAGCAGGAACCAUAA